UCUGCCAGAGCUCACCCCACCACAGAACCAGGCCCAGGCCACACGAGGAAGACACGCACUUGCAUCAUGGCUGGCAAGACUGUGGCUGCUGUGCUGAUCCUGCUCCUGAUCUCAGCACUUGGAACACAAGGUGAGGCAGUGCCACGCUCGGCCAUAGAACUCCGGUGCCAGUGCAUAAGCACCCAUUCCAGGUUCAUCCAUCCCAAGUUCAUCCAAAACGUGAACCUCACUCCCAGCGGACCUCACUGCAAGAAUGUUGAAGUCAUAGCUACCCUGAGAGAUGGCAGAGAAGUGUGCCUGGAGCCCAGUGCUCCCUGGGUGAAGCUGAUCAUCAAGGCAAUUCUGGACAAGGCCAACACCAAACCUGAGACAAUGUCCUAAAACAAAGAAGAAAAGUGUCCUGACUCCUCCAGCGAGGCAAAAAUAGGGCAGACACUCACCCAGUUUCUGACAGCUCACCUCCUCCUGCCUCCUACAUUCACAAUGUCACAGCAUUUAGAAUAUGGAUUCCCUGGUUUGUAGUUAGUUGACAACAAUACUUUUAGUCUUUUAAACUGGUCUCAUCAUGUAGGAAAGAAACCACAGUCACCUCAACAAGAAGGCAGGAAAAAUAGUUUGUGAAGGAAUAUGGGGAUGAUUCUGGAAUAAUUUUUGCUAAACACAGAUGGAACAGUGCAGUGCAUGCCCAGUGGAGCUUUCACUAAAUGAUUCAUUUCCUUUGUGCUAACAGUUUAGGAAAAGACCAGCAACAACUUCUCCCCAGCAAAGCAUGGACAAGUAACUUCAACUGCACCUGGGUCACUGCCACUCAUAGUGGGCUACUGGGUGAGGAGGGGAGCUUCCAGAAUUAACAUGUCAAAAUUAUUUUACAUCAGGUUUUGUGUCACCAUUUUCAAGAUAUUAUUUAUUGUG